UACUAUGACGUCAGCUGGCAUUCUCUUUGUUGACAAACCUUUUCGCUUUUUCAGAGCUAGCCAAAUCAAUUAUGUUAGCUGUGAUCAACUAAUUGACGACUUAGUUUUGCUAUCAAUUUUUUAAUCAUCCAUUUUAAUCUUACUAUGUAUCUUCAAUAAUUGAUUUUUAAUGGUUUUUGUCGACAUGUUUUUAUGGUUCCCCUUGUUCGAUUUAAAUACCGUGUAUCCUUACUAGUUAAACAAUGAAUGACCUGAUUGCUAAUUCAAUUAAAAGGAAAAACUGCUUAAACUUGCAGUUAAUUUCAACUCUUGGUUUUUAUCUCAUCAUUUUAAUGCUCAAAGAUCUUCCUGCUGCUUCAGGGCACAUUGGUCAACCUUGUUUACCUUUAGGAAUUUGUUGGCCUCUCAAUAUUCAUAUUUAUUGUGAUGAAAAUAGAACGUGUCGGUGUAGGCCUGAGACUCCAGUGGUAGUUGGUCCCCACGCGUGUAAACGGAAUAAAUCUCAUGGAGAUAAAUGUUCUUCGGAUCAAGAGUGCCUUUAUUCUGAUAAUAAUUCUUUUUGUGACAAUUCUCACUGUAAUUGUGUGUCCAACUAUACUUAUGAUCCAUUUUUAAUAAAAUGCGUGCAUGAGUCAGUGCAGCAACGGUCUAGCUUCAAUAUUUUUUACACCAUGUUAUCCUCAGCAGCUUUGUGGGUGAUACUGAUUUUAAUUACAUUGGUUAUCAGUAUACCUUGCUGCUUAGCAUUUUUGUAUCAUUGUUUUUGCUCAGAUAACACAAACGGCAGUGAUACACAGGAGUGUAGAGACACCAAUUCAAGAUUAAGAUACGCUGAAAGUGGAGGUACAGCUAGGCCUGCAAGCAGCAUCCGUUUUUCGUUGCGACAAGAAGACCUAGUAUCAAGACAAUCAUCUUAUGAAAUAACAUCUUAUGAUGAGCUACCACCUACUUAUGAAGAAGCCGUUAAAAACUACACAUAUUCUCCAACUGCUCCAACUACUACAACUGUUCAAACAAUGAAUAGUCAUAAUCAUGGAGACACCCUUGAUUGUCCUAAGAAUGAAUUAUCACAUUGACAAUGAAGCCUAUCUGUUCUGAACUGAAAACUCCUUUUUUCCAUAAUUUACUUUCCUUUCCUUAUACCAUCCAUCCCUCCCAUCUUCAUUAAUUUUUCCACUUUCCUUGUUUUUAAAGAAUCUUUGCAAUACUAUUCUAUGAAACAUGAUCAUGCAAUGGUUUUGUUAAUCUAUCUGGAGAAAGGCCAAUGAUUCAAAACCAAUUGACUACAUCAUGUUCCAAGGAAGAUAUUUCAAUAUUCAACUAAUCUGUCAAUGAAGUAGGUUGCCUAACUUUCUUCCUCGUGUCAUUGCUUCCUGAUUUCUCUACUUUCCAAAUUCAAUCAGUACAGGCAUGCUUCUCAUGUAAACUUAACCAAUCUAAUGUGAAAAAGUAGUCAACGUAUUUUUAUACUUUUCAUAUUCUCAUUUGGAAUAAUGGUUUGAUUAGAAUGUUCUCAUCACCUAGUAUCUCGUUUUCUCGCCAUAUUUUACUUUUACAUUUACACAGUAAGCUCACUGUUUAUCUGCCCAUGUACUUUGUCUGACGGCAAAAGGAAAUCUUUCCAAAGUUAACGAUUUUUCAACAUUAAGAUUGAGUUCUUACUGCCUGAUUGUGUACUACUAAAGGUUAUUCAAUGCAAUCAUAUAAUUCAACUUUUAUCAUCGAAGGCGCAAAGGAAUCAAAAUGGUUCUUGUAAAAAGAUGAAAAUCAUCACCAAAAACUCCUCUCAUCUUUGAUCUUGUAUUUAAAUAUUCAUUUCAUCUAAAUUGUAAAUUUCAAUAUUAUCCUUCAUCUCUUUUCUUCGCUCUUUGACCUUUGCCUUCAAUAAAAAAGUCAUGUUAAUUCAUACAUAA